AUGCUUGCGAGCCUUCUUGGGAGGGCACACCAAUGCAUCACUGAACAAUCUGUGAUGUGUAUCGGUGGCGAACUCUAUGAGUUGCGCAAACGUGCAGUGCAAUCCAUGAAAGUUUCCGACAAUUCGAAGAGCCUAGAGUUGAGACUCAGACUCACAAGGGAACUCCAACAUAGCGAACAGAAGUGGAGGAACCGCAUGCUCCAGAUCCUGGAACAAGUUUCCGGGAUGACUGACUACACCGUGAUUGGGCAACACUCCAAUCUGACGAGUUUGCGAAGGGCUAUCAAGGCUGAGAUCCAGCAGCACGAGAGCGACGAGGGGACCCGGCACAAAUGGGCAGUGGAUCUGCGUCAAUUGGUUGACAAUUUGAAGGCUGAAGCAAAGAAAGACAUGGACAACUUAGCUAAAAGUGAAAUCCCAGACUCACCUACCAGAGCAUCAUCGGGGGAUCGUUCCAAAAAGAGCCGGGGCCGAUCUAGGGAGAAGAAAAAGGAUAAGAAAGACAAGAAGCAUCGUGAUCGUUCUGGCUCAUCCUCUCCCAACCUUCAUGGGCCUGGUCGUCGUGGUAAAGGGGCUUUACGUAUUGAACGCGGCAAUGGUGAGAGCGGCGACUCUUGCGCCAACCUUCGCGUGGGACGAUUCAAGAAGAAUGCCAGGUUGUCUGACACCCCCAAGACAACAAACACGUUGGGGCUCUCGUCGGAAGAGGUUUUGUUCAAAUUCCUUCGCCCCGAAAUGGAGAAACAUUUCAAGACCAUAUCGGAUCAGACCCUGUUCGUCAAGAUGUGUCACGCUGAUGGAAUAGAAUCCAUUGGGGACUUCCUUGAUGCAGUUGAACAGAAUUGGCAACCAAAGCAUGAAGGGCUAGGAGCUGCGGCCAAGGAGGUCUUGGGAUGCAUGCCAUGGUCGGCCAAGCAAGCUUCACUGCAAAUGGUUGAAUCUGUUGGUGAGCAUCUCGCUGAAUGGAACCAGAAGGCCAAUGCUUUGCGGGAUGAUCGGGGUGGUGGUGGUCGCAGUCUUGAUCGUCCAUCACCAUCGCGCUCCAGGGCUCGAUCAGUCGUGGAUGAUGAGGAGACGAAGGAGGCGGAAUGUCGAGUCAAAUGGACACUCGGCCUCGGAGUGCCGGAGGAAGCUUAUGAAGUGGAUGUGACGUCUGACCUGGGCGACUCAGUGGGAUGGCUGAACUUGGAGGAUAGAGACGACCCACGUUUGACCCGACUUUUGUUGUGGGUAUACCAAUCCCACGUGCACAAGGUCACUGGAAAUGAUGUGCUUUGGAACGAGGAACUCGUUUUUCUUGUCAAGGAUUCGCGUUUACAACAGGCUCCCCAUUGGGAAGUCGAUUUGAAAGUUUUUUCCAUUUGGGACCAGUGCGACUGUCAGGUCAAAUUCAGACUGGCUCCCAAAGACUCUUGA